GGGUGUCUCAGACAGUGGUAUAUAAAGACCUGCGGGUUGUUAAGACGUCAGUCUCUGUGUAGUCUGUGUAGCUGUGAAAUCCCCCUCUCUCUAUCUCUCUUGCCAUGAAGGGUGUGUUGGUGAUAGUUGUGGCUGUGCUGGCCCUGGCCACCCUGCUGGGACCAGCCCAAGCUCUGCCCAAACCCAUCGCCCUGGCGGACCCUCAACCCGAAGCCGACCCCAAUGCAUCUGGCAGCCAUGAAUAUGGUGGAUGGCGCGGCGGAUACGGUGGCUACAGGGGCGGUUGGGGCGGUUAUCCAUAUGGAGGCGGAUGGGGAGGUGGAUUUGGCGGCGGUUCCGGUAGCCACGAAUAUGGCUGGAGAGGUGGUUUUGGCAAUGGCUUUGGCCUUUUCGGAUAGUCGUGAUGUGUAUGUGUUUGUGGCUUUUUCAGCCCUGCAGACCUUUUACCAAGUGUCCUGCUAGAAGACCAACACCCAGUAACAUAAAAUGUAAUGUAUUGAAGUAAAUAAGGGAUAAUUAUGCUACCAGCGAUUAUAUUUCAGUACUACGAGUUUUAGGCUGAGAAAUCAUUGUACUGGAGGAAAUUCCAACUAAACAACAGGAGCAAAGCCACCACCUACCGCCAGCCUCCAGAAUCUCUACCAACCAUCCAGUACUUCUACCAACCAUCCAGCCAGUCUUCAGCGCCUCCACCAACCAUCCACUUCUACCUCCUCCCACCUCACACAUCAUACAGUCACUGUAACCACAAACAAUCCAGGGCUCAAGAAGCACAUCAGUUUUGUAUACACUCCAAAUGAUUGUUGUAGUUGGCUAAUGUGAAUAUAACCAAAAGAGUAUGAUAUACUGUAGAAUACACACCUUAGAAAUAUACAUGAUUUAACAGAGAAAAAC